UCCAGUGGAAAAAUAUGAAUUACAGCACUGCGUGGUGGACAUGCGCGGAGCUGCAGCGAACAUGGCGGCUUGCAUCUGAUAGAAAGUGAGGGAUCUGCUGCUCGCACGUCAGUCUGACUUCACCUCCUCUGCAGCAGCUCGUUUGACUCUGGUCGUCAUGGGCCGAACUCCACACAGAGAUCAAAAAGAGGAGAAGAAGGAGAGGAGGAGCAGCAUCACAGCAGGCUCUGCCCUCGACAAAUCUAACGAACCGUUCAGCUGGGAAGAUUAUCUGAGACAAACAUCCUCCGUUGCAGCUUCACCUACAUGCUUCAAACAGUCCAGACUCCCCCCCUCCAACGACUUCAAAGCAGGUAUGAAACUCGAGGCGCGGGACCCUCGCAACUCUAACUCGGUGUGCAUCGCGACGGUGAUGGGCAUGAUGGGUACUCGUCUACGUCUGCGGCUUGAUGGCAGCGACAACACCAAUGACUUCUGGCGGCUGAUCGACUCCUCAGACAUCCAACCAAUAGGAACCUGCGAGAGGAACGGAGACAUGCUGCAGCCCCCGCUGGGUUUCAGGAUGAACGCCUCCUCGUGGCCAAUGUUUCUGCUGCGGACGCUGAGCGGAGCAGAGAUGGCCCCUGCCUCUGCUUUUAAGAAGGAUCCAGCCAGCCCUGUUAAAAACUACUUCCAGCCUGGUAUGAAGCUGGAGGCGGUGGACAGGAAGAACCCCUACCUGAUUUGUCCUGCCACAGUGGGGGAGGUCAGAGGUCAGGAGAUUUUCGUCAUGUUUGACGGCUGGCGAGGCGCCUUCGACUACUGGUGCCCCUUCGACUCCAGAGACAUCUUCCCCGUCGGCUGGUGUUCUCUGACAAAGCACAGCCUACAGCCGCCUGGAAACUUCUUUACCCUCCCUGGAGCACUCCUUGCCCCUGUUUCUUCCACCUCUGCCUCCUUUACAACACGUCGGUCCUCGUUCACCUCCUCCUCCUCCAUGCAGACCUCGUACCGACUCCCCAACCCCUUGCCACCCCUCCCCGUUCGAAAAGGAGUCCGAGGUCGCCGUCCCAAAUCCCAGACUAUUGCUUUGUUGAAGGCGGCGGCCGAGGCUGCGGCGGCAGCGGCAGCAGUAAAUGGAGCACCGCAGAGCCCUGCCAGGACGAGCUCUGAGACUCAACUGGCCCCCAGACCACACAAGAAGAGAGGGCCCAAGCCAAGGAACAAGAAGAAGCCUCGGGUGGUGCAAUCCCUGGGGUCGUCAUCAGUCACAGCUCCGCCUCCAGAGACCAGACUGAGCUCCAGCCACGCCUCAGCCGACAACAACAACCAUAGCAACAGCUCAAAUGUAGUUUGCACAGUUUGUGUCUACGUGAACAAGCACGGUGACUACGGCCCGAACCUCGACCGAAAACUGGUGCAGCAGCUGCCGGAUCACUUCGGCCCAGCUCCAGUCAAUGCCGUGCUUCAGCAAGCGGUUCAGGCCUGCGUGGACUGUACAUACCAGCCGUCUGUGCUGCUGUCAUUCCUGCAGAGCCAGUCCCACACAGGAGGAGAGGUCAUCAGAGAAUUUCGUUUAGAGGAGUCCCCAACUGCAGAAAUACACUUCCCUCAUUCAACAGCGAGCUCAACAACAGGACCAGACCACUUGAAACCGGACAAGGAAGGUUCAGGGAACAACGCUUCUUCCUGGUCUGUUGAUGAUGUCAUAAGGUUCGUCCAGGAGGCGGAUCCCCACACUCUGGGCCCACACAUCGAACUGUUUAGGAAACAUGAGAUUGAUGGCAAGGCUCUGAUGCUGCUGCGCAGUGAUGUCAUCAUGAAGUACAUGGGACUGAAGCUUGGCCCGGCGCUCAAACUCUGUCAUCACAUCGAGAAGCUGAAACAGACCAAACAAUAGGCGAUAAAGACUCGUUCUUCUCUCACUGGCAACCAAACACACAGACAUGCAUUAUUCUGCAGGGACGAAAUGCAGCGAACAUCCACCUUAACCAGGCCGAAGCCACCGCUGAGGACGCCAAGCUCACGUCCUCUGGACUUUUUAUAAAUUUGGGGAUUUAAGCUGACUGCAGAGAGUCAAGGAUUUACACAUGCUGGGUAUUUUAUGAACGGAUUUAACUAGUUUUUGGCCAAGUAAACAAAUAAAUCCACAAAGAUUACAGCUUUGAUAUCUUUGAAAAAUCAUACCAACCUCGCAUCUUAAGAAAUAAAAUAAUUGCAUAAAGUAAUAACAGUAAUUAACAAUAGUCAUUUCUGUAGCUAUGAGCGGAACAAUCUUUAUUAAUGGAAACACCUUUCACAUUAAGACGGAUACACAACACAUAAGUAGUAUCAGUUCAUCUGACCACAGAUAACAUUAGUGCAUUAGUUCAUGUUUUUUGCCUUAUUAUGAACUGGAGGCCAUAAUUUAUUAGUUAAGUUACCUCUACAUUGCCACUGUAAAGGACGCACACACACGUUGUUGUCACUGUAUUGUUUCCCUGCUCUGCACUGGAGACUGUAAAAGACAUAGUUCAGGUACUGUCAGUGAACGUCUCACUGCAUCAUUUUAAACGACGCUCAACAUCGGUCUCUGUUACAGUCAGAUUUAAUUUAUGCAAGUCAGUGAAUGUAUGCAGUCCAGAGUCAUAACCAACAGGUACUAAAAACAGGAGGGCUCAGCUCUGAAGAAGUGUUGAAGGUUUUUAUUCUAGAGAAGACGUCUUGUUCCCUGAAGUCGUUCUCAAACGACUCAGCUGUUUUUGAGAUCCGAAGUGAGCUCUUUGCACCUCUGUUUAUUUAAACUUUGCAUAUUUUACUUCAAAGGAAAACCUUUCAUCGGUUGUGAUUCUGCAGCGAAGGCCGUUGAUGUAGGAAAUCUGUUACUGAAGAGUUGCCUUCUCUUUUAUUUGUCACGUGCUGGAAGACGGUCAAGUCGGACGGAUUCAGCUUGAGCACUGACGAUUGUAUUAUGCUUUGACAGACAAACACACCCAUGUACAAUGACUGGAAUACUGUAAGUGUUUUGACAUAAAGAUGAGGCUGUGUCAAGUUUUCCUGAAAGAGUAAAGGAUGGACAACCUGUUUUGUAUAAAGCCAAGCCAAAAGGUUGUUUUUUGAUAUCAUUUUGUACUGUAACAAAGUGUAUCAACCUGUAUAAAACUAAAGUGUAAUCAUUUUUUUCUGCCUGAAAUAGUUUUUGUGUGCACCGUCAAAUAACUAGUUUCAGGGCUACGUUGUGUCCCAGUAAUUAUUCACACUUCUCAAAGUAUUUAUCUGUUGUCAGCGGCAGAAAUACUGAUUUUCUGAACAUUUCAGAACCAUUUUUCAAACCAAAUCAUGUUUGUUGUAGCUGCAUUUCACAGGUUUGCUCUCCUGUCGUGGUGCCAAGUCCACACUUGAAACCAUCUUGCUUUAAUGUUAAACUCAGGUUUUAGUAGGGGUUGAUUCUUAGAAUAUGUUUUACAUCAUUAGCAGUUUGUGUUCAUGCGACUGCACAAUAAUCAAGUGUGUAUAUUUUUAUGCUUUGUCAUCUUUCGACCCGCAGCAUUUCAUGUGUGUAUAUAUUCAUAAAUAUAUAUAUACAACAUUUUUACUGUAAGUUUACUGUUUGUUAAAUGUUUGAUAUGUGUUCACACAAUUAAACAUUUGUUAACAUCCUCUCAGUGUUUGAGAACUCU